UCCCCAGACUCGUCCACAAGCAGACAGACGAGAAGAGCCUGGUCAAGUAUGAUGAGCUGGACGAGGCCUACACGGAGGCAGACGAACUGCCUACCAAGUCGGAGAAAUCCUUCAUACCCAGCAAGUCCUACCUACCAACCAGCUGCCCCUGUAUGAGGCAGGAACCGGAGUUCAACUGGACACCAGAAACCGUUGGUGUGGUGGACAGCUCCUUCUUCUGGGGCUACAUUGUGACCCAGAUACCCGGGGGAUACCUGGCUUCCAGAGUGUCAGCCACAAGACUGUUUGGGCUGGCCAUUGGAAUCUCAGCGUGUCUGAACCUGUUGCUGCCCGGGGCUGCGGAGGUCCACUACGGACUGGUCAUCUCUGUCCGAAUUCUCCAAGGUCUGGUCGAGGGUGUGACGUACCCUGCUUGUCACGGCAUCUGGAGACACUGGGCCCCGCCCCUCGAGAGGUCUAUGUUGGCGACCAUCUCCUUCUGUGGUAAGUAC